CUAGACACGUUCAUCCAUGGCUGCACAGCAGAACACCUCCUGGGGAUUCCUGCUGCGGGUAGCCGAGACUACUCCCGCCGCCGAAGGGCGCGCCCCGACGGGUGUCGCCCCCUGGGUAGCCGACACCGGCUACUUCCACUGGACGCCGGGACACGAGGCUCACGGCCUGGCCUGCGGUCCCUCGGAGUCGUCAGCCGCCGGAGCCUCCUCCGAGGACCGAACGACCGGGCGUUCCCGAUUCUGGGCCUGCACCGCCCUGCUCCUGGUCGGCGCUGUCCUGCUGGCCGCCACCAUAUGCAUGGCGGCCAGCUCCAACUGGAUGCUGCUGGCCUCGGCCGUGCGCGACGUGGGAACCGGAACCGGCGUCGCGACAACCACCACCGGCCAGUCAGCGGGGACUCGUCGGGCAGGCGGCCUCAUGUUCCACCGCCACGGCAAAGUCGACGGCCACGACCGGAGGGUCACCGACCGCGGACGGCCUCGACCGCCGUCGGCCACCGACGUCUCCUCGGGAUCACCCGGUUCCGUAUCGGCAGGAGGAAGCGGCGCCGCGCAAGGUUCAGCAGCGUCUGGAAGCACACCGGCGGGACAGGCCAAUGUGUGCGGCGCCGUCUACUACACGUACUGCCCGGCUCUGCUGGACGAGUACCGGGCCUCGCGUGCGGCGUGCGUGUCCAGCGGUGCCGAUCACGUGGCCGUGUGCAACCGUGGCUCGAACCGGUUUGCCAGCCUCGAAGAGUGCUACCGGGCCUGCGGACUCCUGCAAGGGCCCACCAGGGACGCCUGCUUCGAGCAGCCACUCUUCACAGCCUGCGAGAGGCAGGACGUGACGGAAACCUGGUGGUACUUCGACGGGCACCGCUGCGUCGAGUGGGACUUCCCGCAGGGAGAGUGUCCAGUCAACGGGACCGGCAAGAUGCACGCCUCGCUGAGGGAGUGCCGCGACCAGUGCGAGGGCCGGCGCGGAGGUCGCCGCGACCCGCAGUGCCGCCCUCCGGCGUCGACGACGUGCGAGGAGGACCAGCUGCGGUUCCCGUAUUUCGCGCGAAUCCUACCCAGCGGCCGCGGCCUUUGCGUCAGGGCCUCGCUGAACGCGCUGCUUACCCACCGGUGCCUCGUGGGCGCCAACCGCUUCGACAGCAUGGCAGCGUGCAGGGACGCCUGUUUGCGGCAAUGAUCGCGGGCCGCGGUUCCCGGCAGGGCCUCUGCACGCAGCCCGACCUGGGAGGCCGUGGUCGAGAGAGCGUUCGCAUAUAUAUAUGCCAGGAGGA